ACUCCAAUAAAACAUAAUGAGCUUACAUAAGCAGACUAUAGCACCUCUUGAAGUGACUCAGGAUUGAAUUUUCCCCGCGCAGACUCCAGUCGCUCUUUUCACUCUUUCCUCUCUUCUGCCUCAGAGCUCUCUAACGGCUCUUCGCCAUGUCUCUCUCUGCUGCCAAAAUGCGCAUAACGAGCGCACCCAAAACCUCGUCCGCCAUCUCCUUUUCUCGUUCGAAAUCGACCAGGGCGGCGAGUUCAACCUCAUCAAUGCUUGAAGCCAAAACCAGAGUGCGGGAACAUGCACGCAAUAUCAGCCGUACAUCCACUCGUGAGGCGUCUGCAGCUCAGUCCGUACGACCUGUACCCGCUCCAGGAUUCCAACAAAUGCCUACCAGGAAUAAUGUCCCAUACCCUCCUCCGGGACUUGGUCCUCAUGCGGAAGGUCCUAUGGACCAUUCGUUCGUUGGAAUGUCGGGCGGCCAGAUCUUCCAUGAGAUGAUGGUCCGACAUGGUGUCAAGCACGUCUUUGGAUACCCUGGGGGUGCCAUUCUCCCAGUAUUCGAUGCUAUUUACAACUCACCACAGUUUGAGUUCGUCCUUCCAAGACACGAACAAGGUGCCGGACAUAUGGCAGAAGGUUAUGCCCGCGUGUCAGGGAAGCCUGGUGUCGUUCUCGUUACGUCCGGUCCGGGAGCGACGAAUGCUAUCACUCCUCUGCAGGACGCUUUGAGCGAUGGAAUUCCUAUCAUCGUAUUUACUGGACAGGUGGCUACUUCUCUCAUUGGGUCCGAUUCUUUCCAAGAAGCAGACAUCCUCGGCAUCUCCCGCUCAUGCACGAAGUGGAAUGUUAUGGUUAAGGAUAUUUCAGAGCUUCCAAGGCGGAUCAACGAGGCAUUCAAGAUCGCUACCUCAGGACGACCAGGUCCCGUAUUGGUUGACCUUCCGAAGGAUGUGACUGCGGCUAUUCUACGGACACCUCUGCCGUACAAGGCUACCACGCCUGGUACUCCUCUUGGUCUCCCUACAAACCCUUUGCAGCUGCUGCAAACUCCCACCGACCUCAUCAUGGUCAAGCAAGCCGCUGACCUCAUUAACCAAGCACAACGCCCUAUCAUUUAUGCCGGCAAUGGCGUUCUCUCAUCACCCCUUGGUCCCAAAUUGCUCAGGCAAUUGGCAAAGGAGGGCAAUAUCCCUGUAACAACAACCCUCCAGGGCCUCGGGGCCUUCGAUGAGUUGGACGAGAUGAGUCUGCAUAUGCUUGGUAUGCACGGUUCGGCGUACGCGAACCUCGCCAUCCAGCAGGCCGACGUUGUCAUUGCUCUCGGUGCUCGUUUCGACGAUCGUGUCACCGGCAAGGUUGACACUUUUGCACCUGCAGCAAAAGAAGCAGCUACCAGGGGUAAGGGUGGCAUUAUCCACUUUGAGAUCCAACCCAAGAACAUCAACAAGAUCGUUGAUGCAACUAUCCCCGUAAUGGGCGAUGUCGUUGCGAACAUGGCUGCUCUCGUUCCUAUGAUUCGUUCAUCACCGAGAAAAGAGUGGUUCGCAGAUAUCAAGACGUGGAAAGCGGCGUAUCCAUUCACUUAUGAGAAGAGUCCAGAGGGAGGCUCUAUCAAGCCUCAGCAGGUGAUUGAGGAGUUGGAUAGACAGACAGCAGACAAGAAGGAGGACGUGAUUAUCACUACUGGCGUUGGCCAACAUCAAAUGUGGGCGGCGCAACACUAUCGAUGGAGAACUCCUCGCUCGAUGGUCACUUCUGGUGGUCUUGGCACAAUGGGCUUCGGCCUUCCUUCAGCUAUCGGAGCUAAGGUUGCAGCACCGAACAAGAUUGUUGUCGACAUCGACGGUGACGCAUCUUUCAGCAUGACCGCUAUGGAACUCGCCACCGCAUCACAAUUUAGUAUCGGUGUCAAGGUCCUCAUCUUCAACAACGAGUUCCAGGGAAUGGUUCAGCAAUGGCAAGAUCUCUUUUACGACUCUCGCUAUGCUCACACACGGAUGGUCAACCCUGACUUUGUCGCGUUGGCUAAGGCAAUGGGCGUACAUGCUAUGCGGUGUCAUUCGGCUGAGGAACUUCCGGCCAAGAUGAAGGAGUUCUUGGAGUAUGAUAACUCGAGACCUGUGCUCCUGGAUUGUGUUGUUGACUCCGCGGAGCACGUUUUCCCUAUGGUUCCUGCCGGCAAAGCUCUCCAUGAGCAGAUGGUUCAUCCCAUGCUAAGAAAAGCUUACGAUGCUGCCAACAAGAAAACCUGAUCUACGCAAACACAUUCGUGUUAUCUCAACACACAAUCGUUAUACCUUAAGAUCACGGUCGUUCCUGUCACUGAUACCGCCUCGCAUCGCGUCUUUUGCUGUUGAUUGUGGGAAGUUGGCCUUAGUAUCCUUUGCAUCAUCUUUAGUUUCGUAUCUCAUGUGUCAUAGUUUUGUUUGCAUCCAUGCUGCGGGGGUUUGGAUCUUUAUAGUAGUUGGAGGAGCAGCGAAGGGAGAGAAAGAACAAAAGUCCUCAUAUGGGACACGAUUGUAUCCAGUAUAAUCAAAUGAUUUGGUUCUGUUCCGCCUGCAUCUCGUGUUCAUUUCAAUAUUUGUGAGGUUCAGGAUGUCUGGCGAUACAUAGAGAGAAAUCGGCCAGAACUUCUUGUUUCUCUUAACAGCGAAGUCGAAGGGUUCGUUGUUCAGUGUUUGUAAUUGAUUUGAAGCUUAAUGAAGCUUUGAACAGUGCAGUUGGGUCGUGCAAAGAGACAAGAGGAUUAUAAGUUUACAAGCUUUUCUUUCUUGACGAAUACCCAAAUAUGUACAAUAUCGAACCAC